AUGCCCGAGCCAAACCUGUACACUCCUGCAAUAGACCCUUGGAACGUGAAUGGAACGACACCACCUACCGAUGAUCGAGCUAGCUAUUGGGAAUACCGGCUUGACAUUGUGAUCUGGAAAUACUUUGCACCAAUACUCUUAUUUUGUGGCACGAUAUUCAACUUCACAACAAUCGCUGUCCUAACGAAAACCAAAUUUGGAAAGCAAUCAACACGAAUAUUGCUGAUUUCUCUUUCCGUAUGCGACACGGCAGUGCUUUAUACAGGACUGUUACGUCACUGGAUACGGAGUUUCGGAACGGAUGUGCGUACUCUCACAAACGCAUCUUGCCCUGUGCAUACUUUUCUUGUGUAUUUCUCUCUUGAUUUUUCCACCUGGAUUCUAACUCUAGUUACGCUGGAGCGAUUCGUCGCCGUUUGUUAUCCAUUCAAAUCUCCGACAAUCUGCACAGCCAAAUGGACUUUAGUCUCGCUAUUUUGUGUUGCCGUGUUUUUGUUCGUUCUUAACGGUCACAUCCUCUAUUACUAUCGUAUCAAAGAUGGAAAGUGUACACCAGCGGCAGUCAAAGAGUAUGGGGAGUUUUGGUCCGGUCCAUGGUACUGGAUGGACCUAUUCGCAGUCGCCGGUUUCCCAUUCACAGUCAUACUCACCUGCAACACCUUAAUCAUAGGUAAAGUUAGCUGUGCGAAAAUUCACAAGCGAAGGAGCCAGGUCCAUCCAAUUGGUGUGAAUAGUGUAAAGAACCCUCAAGCAGCAAAGGUCACGAGUAUGACCAUUAUGCUGCUCACCAUCAACAUCUCAUUCGUUGUCUUGGUCUUUCCGUCUUGUAUAUUUUUCAUUGUGACGCCACAAAAAGCAGCCGACACACACCAAGAAGUUCAAAUUGACCUCGCAUUCAGUAUGACUAACUUCCUCAUGUAUGUUAAUAAUACAAUAAACUUUUUACUCUAUUGUGUCAGCGCUCCGAAGUUCAGAAAAGAACUAACUGGACUAUUCCGCAAGCAGCGUCGUCCUGACCUUGAUAAUAGCGUGACCUUUGACCCGCGCCAAGGUCACUCAAGAACGCAAGUGUCUGUUAUCAAUUUACCUACAGUUGACAUCCAUUAGUGUUCAGAGAUUGAUAUACGCCUUCCGUUAGGGGAGUUCAACUCCCAACAUGCCCAAUAUAUCACCGAGCUUAAUGAAAACAAUACCACAUGUUUAAUAUAUCACUAAGAUUUACGUGGACAGUCCAAUAUGUCAAACAUAUCAUCAAGGACGAAAUUGAAGGGCACGCAAUGCAAUGCAUGCAAAAGAAGAUCUGGCCAAAAUAUCACACGACAUUCGGAAAGUGAACGGCCUACCAAUGAUGAUCGGAGCGAGCACAUAAACGCGUGUUCGCCUUGCCCUCCAGCCAAGAACUUACAUUGUCUACAUGCAUUAAACGUUAUGACAUCACAUGGAAUGUCGUAUAAAAGCAACACUAGCUCGAAACCAUUCGUCGAAUGGUCUUUGUGAUACAACAAUUACUCGUAUAGUACUGUUUAUCCCAAGAACUUAUGACAGCCUCAUCAAUUGAUUCAGCCAU